AACAUCUGGGUCGGUCCCAACUUUGGACUUUUCUUGAAGCUUGUAUAGAAAUCCAAUUAUUUUGGGUCCUAUGCCGUAGUUGUAAUUGUACAAAAUGGGCUCGGUACAGAGGCGAGUAUUCCCGUCAACCUUCGUCUUUCGGUGAUCACCUGCUGCGUUGUAUAAAAUAAACGCCGGAUCAAACAUGGCUACCGUCUCUGCCAGCUCUUCACCUCCAUGGACAAGCCCUAACCCUAAUUCUGAUCUCAACCCCGAAUUUCACGAAGACCAGUCACAAAACCUCGACUUGGAUUCCAUAAGACAUCGCCAAUCAACCCUGCCUCACCAAGUCUCCUCUCAGCCAAGUCCCCCUAAUAGUUCACCUCAGUUUCAUGCUCCGACGACCCCUACUCUCCUUCAACUCUCUUUCAACCAAGACCAAGCUUGCUUUGCCGCCGCCACUGACAACGGAUUUCGUAUCUACAAUUGCGAUCCAUUCCGGGAGCUCUUCCGCAGAGAGUUUGAUGGAGGCGAUGACAGUACUGGGGGGAUCGGUCAUGUGGAAAUGCUCUUUCGCUAUAAUAUGCUGGCACUGGUUGGAGGUGGCACCUAUCCUCAGUACCCCCCCAGCAAGGUGAUGAUCUGGGAUGAUCAUCAAGGCAGGUGCAUUGGUGAGCUUUCGUUCCGAUCAGCGGUUCGUGGUGUCCGGCUCCGACGAGACCGAAUAAUUGUAGUUGUGGAGCAGAAGAUUUUUGUGUACAGUUUCGCUGACUUUAAGUUACUUCAUCAAAUUGAGACCGUCGCCAACCCAAAGGGGCUCUGCGAAGUUUCGCAAUUGCCUGAUUCUAUGGUAUUGGCGUGUCCUGGUUUGCAUAAGGGUCAGGUACGAGUUGAGCAUUAUGCACAGAAGAAAACCAAAUUCAUUCUGGCUCAUGACUCAAGAAUAGCUUGUUUCGCUCUUACACUUGAUGGCCAGUUACUCGCCACCGCCAGCACUAAGGGUACUUUGCUUCGAAUUUUUGAUACAGCCAGUGGCACGCUGCUUCAAGAAGUGAGAAGGGGUGCAAAUGUGGCCGAGGUCUAUAGUUUGGCGUUCUCUUCUACUGCUCAGUGGCUGGCAGUCUCGAGUGAUAAGGGUACUGUCCAUGUUUUCAGCCUUAAGGCUAACUCUAGUUCUCCUCAGCAAGAAAAUCCACAGAUGACGACUGAUUCUCAUGCUGCCAGCACACCAUCUAGCUCACCCCGUGCAUUAGUUAAAUUUAAAGGAGUGUUACCCAAGUAUUUUAAUUCGGAGUGGUCACUUGCUCAGUUUCGCUUACGCGAGGGCACUCGUUACACUGUCGCAUUUGGUCAGCAAAAGAAUACAGUCAUAAUUCUUGGCAUGGAUGGGAGCUUCUACCGGUGUCAGUUUGACCCAGUGCAUGGUGGUGAGAUGAAUAAACUGGAAUAUCAGAACUUCUUAAAGCCAGAGACAGCCUCCUGAUACUAGAUGAGAUAAAAGCCUGGAAGAUAAUUCAAUGUUAAUUCUGCUUGAUUAUGUUAUUGGAUGCCGCAUUUAAGUACAUGGAGAUUUAAACAAAGGAUACCUAUAAGUUAGGGUUGAAUCCUCGAUCUUGUAGCUUCCAUUGUAAAUAUCGUGACUUUAUAAAACCAGAGACAGCCUGGACCCUGGAGGAUAUUAAUUUUUCAAAUUUCAGCCUAUAAAGUUAGGGUUAGUUCUGCGACAAAUGUAAAUAGCUACAAUAUAAUACUUGAAGUCGCAUUUAGGAUUGGCGUAUAAAUUAGGGCUGGCCUGUUCCGUUGUAAUUACAGCUUGAUUGGUUAUUUAAUUCUGUAGAUAUUCAAUACUGUGGAUAAGAUAAGGCAA